AUGGAGGACCUCCCAAUGGAUGAUAGAACGAGUCCUGCCAAUCAAAACCGACCCUUUAAAUACUUCGCCGAGUUUCCUUCUGCUACAGCAGACCAACAGCCGGAGGAAAGUGAGCAGAGCAUGAACGGCUCAGGACCCUCAACGCCUACUCACAACAUGAAUACGUUCGAGGACAGUGAUGAUAUUCGAGUCAUCAAGCCCUACGAUAUUGAAGAACCCGACGAUGAACUAGAAACUAGCUUACCAAGGGUAGAUCUACUAUGUCUCCCAGAUCCGCUCGAGCAAUGGCAGCGCGACUUGACAGACUACCUGAACGAUCUAGACUCUCAGCCCGGUGAAUUUAAUAGCAAUACAAUUCCAUUGGUGCGAAAGAGAGGGCAGAAGAGAAAGCCAGCCCGCAACACUCUCGCUACACAGCACGGGGAUCCGAGCUUCGCACCAAGACAUACAUCACCCGAGACCCAGCCUGACGUGCAUAACCAUCGCCCCAAAAGACGAAGGUUUAGCGAACUUCCAAAGUGGGACUCACAAGACAUAGACUCAUUCGGCGAUUUCCGGGAAAGCAACGCAAAUGAAAGCUCGGGUUCCGAGACAGCAUCGAUCGACCUAGGCAACGACACCAUGGACGACUCGCCUAUGGCCGAUGAGAUGGAUAUCGAUUGA